AUGGCUACCAGAGGGUUUGGCUUUGGUUACACUGGGACAGCUCAGGGAUUUUGGUCUGACCGAGUGUGGCAGCAAAUGCUGCUGUUCCUGAGGAGCGCCAGCGGCUUAGAGCUUCCUGAGAGCUGGGCUGAUAUGCAGGAGCCACUGCUUGAAGGGAUGUGCUUCACACUCAAGUAUCUAGGCAUGACGCUGGUAGAAAAACCCAAAGGAGAAGACAUGGCUGCUGCUGCCAUCCGCCGGAUCGUUGCCACGGCACGGGUGGGAGCUCGCAAGUUCCAGAAGGUGAUUCUGACAGUGUCUCCGAGGGGCAUCUCGCUGCAGGAUGCAGACACAAAGGAGAUGGUUGAGAACAUCUCCAUCUACAGGAUCUCCUACUGCACGACGGACAAGCUGCAGAACAAAGUCUUUGCUUAUGUUGCCCAAAGCCAGGAGAGCGGGGCACUGGAGUGCCAUGCCUUCCUCUCGCCCAAGAAGAAGAUUGCGCAGGCUGUGACUCUAACUGUGGCCCAGGCCUUCCAGAUGGCACUGGAUCUCUGGGAAGCAGCACAUGCAGGAUGGAGGCUUGGUCAUGCCGACUUCCGCAUGGACGAGGGCCUGGGGCUGAGCUCGCUGGUGUCUGUCCUGUGCUUGGGAGGAGCUGACGAGUCCGCACCUCUUGUGCCCAGAGUGAGCUCUCCUACUGCACAGCUACUGUGCUACCGCUUGGGGCAACCCCCAGACGGCUGGAAGGGGCUGGGAGGGGUUGGAGACCUCCCUGCAGCUGGCCCCAAGACUCCCCUGGGCUAA